AUGUGGUUAUCUCAUGACGGUUCUACUUACACUGGUGGCACUCCGGAAGAUGCUCGGCGGGACAGUCCCCUGCUGCGUACGGUGUCUUCGGUACUCAUGCGUAUCAACCUGACUCCGACAAACAUGCUCAAGGACACCUCACGCGAUGCUGUGGUUGAGGCAGAAUACCUCGAGGCGUAA